CCGCAUAAACAUAAACAGCUGUUCGUUCGUCUAACGUGGGCCACAUAACUUUGAAAUUAUUGUUUUGCCAACGCCGCCCAAUGAUCCGCAACGUAGUGGUGGGCGUGUCGGGAGGCGUCGACAGCGCCGUCUCUGCCCACCUGCUGGCGGAGCGAGGAUUCAAGGUGCUGGGUGUGUUUAUGCGCAACUGGGAUGAGGCGGACGAAGUGGGUCGCUGCAGUGGGGAGGCGGAUCUGAAGGACGCCGAGUGGGCGUGCCGGCAGCUGGGCGUGGAGCUGCGCCAGGUGAACUAUGUGCGCGAGUACUGGACGGCGGUGUUCAGCCAGUUCCUGGACGAUUACCAACUGGGCUUGACACCAAAUCCGGACAUCCUGUGCAAUCGCCACAUUAAGUUUGACCUCUUUCACAAGCAUGCCUUGAAAAAUCUCGGCUACGACGCCGUGGCCACGGGUCACUACGCCCGCAAUAGUCUGGGCAACUACCUAGAGGGGAUUGCCUCAAACAACGACGCCCGCUUGUUAAUACCCGCCGAUACGUUUAAGGACCAGACAUUCUUUCUGGCAGGUAUUCCGCGAAAGGCUCUGCAACGCACGAUGUUCCCUUUGGGAGACUUCCAGAAGAGCCAGGUCAAGGACUUGGCCAAGAAGAUUGGCCUCCAGCGACUGGCCAAAAAGAAGGAAAGCACUGGCAUUUGUUUCGUUGGCAAACGCAACUUCAAGGACUUCAUACAGGAGUACAUCACUUCCAAACACGGUCCCUUUCUAGACAUCGACAGUGGAGCCGUGGUCGGCCACCACGAGGGCAUCCAUCAAUGGACUGUGGGCCAGCGGUGCCGCCUGAGUUCAUUCCUUCAGCCCUAUUUUGUGGCCAGGAAAGAGGCCGCCAGCAAUACCAUCUAUGUGGCAUCUGGCCACAAUCAUCCCGCCCUCUUCAGCACCCACAUAGACGUCGAUCCGCCCAACUGGCUGUGUUCCAAGGCCCAAAAGAUUCUUUCGGACACUGGCAGCUUAAGGUGUCGCUUUCGCUUCCAGCACACCAAACCAUUAGUGGACUGUCAGCUGAGCAUCUCUCCCAGUAACACCUUUCUUGUCGAAUUGGACGCUCCUUUAAGAGCUAUUACACCAGGACAAUAUGCCGCGUUUUAUGACGACACAGCUUGCUUGGGUUCGGCCCGCAUACUCAGCGCUAAUCCCAUAAAGAAAAAAAACGCACAGACGCAGCAAGCUCAAGCCGCAAAUCUGGUUAGCUGAUGAUGUUUCCUCUUGGCCAGAAAAUAAACCAAAUCGUACUAUUACCCUUCUUGGACAACUUAAUCUAAUCUUCCUUUAAGUGAGACAGAAUGGCAACUAACUAUGCGCUUUGUGAAGGUGACGUUUGCACAUUUGUCAGCAUUAAUGCAGAUGUUCCACAACUCUGUCCAAUGCUGGAAUGCGUCCAAGUAAUCUUGCAGUGCGUCUGAGGCCUCGAUAAUGCUUUUCUUUUUGUCAGUACCGCUGUGUCGUCAGCAUAUGUGCCAAUCAGCACAUCUUUACGAUCUAAUCCAGUGACUGCUGUCUGGGUGGGCAUGUCCGCGGAGGAGAUGGAGUAUAGAGUAGGGCCUACAACACUUCCUUGAGGUACUCCAGCAUGCCAACAUGGCAUGUAUAAUAGAUUUUUAUAAAUUUAGACGCCGAGUAAAUGUUAGACGUGAAUCGA